GCGGGGCUCGGCGCCGACCACCUCGGUUGCUGAAAACCCGACGCGCGGGCGGCGGGCUCUAGGCGGGCGCCAGCGGACCGGCUCCCAGAGCACUCGAGGCCGGUGCGCGCUACCCCGCGGGUCCCGUGCGCGCGCCUGACCUCCCUUGCCCAGUCGGUGCGCGGCAUCGCCCGGCCCCGAUGGCCCCCGAGACCCCGGCCCAGGGGCCUAUCCCGCGCUACUUCACCUGGGACGAGGUGGCGCAGCGCUCGGGACGCGACAAAGAGCGGUGGCUCGUGAUUGACCGGAAGGUGUACAACAUCAGCGAGUUCACCCGCCAGCACCCCGGGGGCUCCCGGGUCAUCAGCCACUACGCGGGUCAGGACGCCACGGAUCCCUUUGUGGCGUUCCACAUCAACAAGGGCCUUGUGAGGAAGUAUAUGAACUCUCUCCUGAUUGGAGAACUGUCUCCGGAGCAGCCCAGCUUUGAGCCCACUAAGAAUAAAGAGCUGACUGAGGAGUUCCGGGCGCUGCAGGCCACAGUGGAGCGGAUGGGGCUCAUGAAGGCGAACCCUGUCUUCUUCCUGCUGUGCCUGCUGCACAUCCUGCUGCUGGAUGUUGCCGCCUGGCUCACUCUUUGGCUCUUUGGGACAUCCUUCCUGCCCUUCCUCCUCUGUGCAGUGCUGCUCGGCACAGUUCAGGCCCAGGCUGGCUGGCUGCAGCAUGACUUUGGACACCUGUCCGUCUUCAGCACCUCUACAUGGAACCACCUGCUACAUCAUUUCGUGAUUGGCCACCUGAAGGGGGCCCCUGCCAGUUGGUGGAACCACCUGCACUUCCAGCACCAUGCCAAGCCCAACUGCUUCCGCAAAGACCCGGACAUCAACAUGCACCCCUUCUUCUUUGCCUUGGGGAAGAUCCUCUCUGUGGAGCUUGGGAAACAGAAGAAAAAGUACAUGCCGUACAACCACCAGCACAGAUACUUCUUCCUGAUUGGGCCCCCAGCCUUGCUGCCUCUCUACUUCCAGUGGUAUAUUUUCUAUUUUGUUAUCCAGAGGAAGAAGUGGGUGGACUUGGCCUGGAUGAUCAGCUUCUACGUCCGCAUCUUCCUCACUUACGUGCCGCUGCUAGGACUGAAAGGCUUCCUGGGCCUUUUCUUCAUGGUCAGGUUCCUGGAAAGCAACUGGUUUGUUUGGGUGACACAGAUGAACCACAUCCCCAUGCACAUUGAUUACGACAGGAACGUGGACUGGGUCUCCACCCAGCUCCAGGCAACAUGCAAUGUCCAUAAGUCGGCCUUCAAUGACUGGUUCAGUGGCCACCUCAACUUCCAGAUUGAGCACCAUCUUUUCCCCACGAUGCCUCGACACAAUUACCACAAAGCGGCUCCCCUGGUGCAGUCCCUGUGUGCCAAGCAUGGCGUAGAGUACCAGUCCAAGCCCCUGUUCUCAGCCUUUGCCGACAUUGUCCACUCACUGAGAGAGUCCGGGCAGCUCUGGCUAGAUGCCUAUCUCCACCAGUAAGAGCAGCCUCCCAUCUGGAAGAAGAGCCUUGGAGCCAAAGCAGAGGGGGGCUUGGGGACAAUGCCACUACAAUCCUAAUGUUCAGAGGGGAUGGGUUUGAGGAGAUAAAGGCUCUGACUCAAACCCCUCCCCUUUAUCUUCUAGGCACAGAUCUAAGACCCAAAGAGGGGUGCGCAAGCCCCCUGGAAGGAGGGGUGGAGCUGUUGGGACAGGGAUGUGAAAGUUUUGUUUCCUUUUUUGUUUAGCAGAUGCAAGUGGUUGGUGGGCAAAGAGGGAGUCAGGAGGGUGUUAGAAUAGGGAGGGUCUACUGAGCCCAGAAAUCAGGAAGAGAUUUAGCACUAAAAUUCCACCCAGGGGACGUCCCUGGCGGUCCAAUGGUUAAAACUCCGUGCUUCCAAUGCAGGGGGCGCAGGUUCAAUCCCUGGUUGGGGAACGAAGACCCCACAUGCCGCACGGUGUGGCCAAAAAAAAAAAAUUCCAUCCAGGAAAGGGAGGAGCUCAUCCCACUGGUC